CUCCUUGAUGCUAACACCAUCAACGUUAUAUUACCUUCUUGGCAUGCUAUUAUUCCUUUCUUUGAACUUUCUUACAGUAUAUACAGGAAUACACUGUGGAUAUAAACAACCGGUAUGCCUAGCAAAGGAAUCACGGUUUACAGCUAUAUAUCCGUCGAGGGAUAUGUGGUUGAGUUCACGGCGCCAAAACAACAUGUUCAAAGAACACCUGCAGAUAACUUUACAGCAGAAAAUCUCGAGGUUGAAUCGUCCAAUAUUCCUGGACUGGAAAACUUUGUGGGACGGUUCAAGUGGGAGGUUUUCUAUCAUGCCAGGGACGCCGAUGCCCCCGUCCUUAUCGGGAGCUCAUACUGCGACAUCAACAGUCUCACUGGAAAAGUGGAAGGAGGCACGAUGACCGCGACCGCCGCCUGCAAGGCUAUCGUAACAAACAAUGCCAUUAUUACAUAUGGAUUUUAUAGUGCAGGCCAUGGAGAAUUCGGAUUGACCAAUCGCGACCAAUGCUAUGUAACCAUUUGUCCGGCUUCCAACAGGGCCUGGAUGGGAGCAGUUGCGCCACCAGGGUCUAUCGAGGCGCAGAAACCAUUCUCGCGGUUUGUGCUUGCAGCUCCACAUGACAAUGGCAUGAAUAGUAUGCAGUCCUGUGAUAUUAUCUUCAAGCACUUAGAUCACGACAUGGUGCACGAAUUGCGCGAAAUCACACCGUCUCUACAACACUUUGAUCACCUGCCAGACCAUCUUCUCCUAGCUAAAUUGCCAGACAUAGUCUAUGGAGUGUCUAUUACGCAGAAGAAAGAGAUUUCGAUUAUGCUGGCCCUAGGGGCACGUUAUUUCGAAUUCCGUCCAGCCAAGUUGUUGCCGAUGUUCCAGAAGCUCUCGGUCCUACCAGAUAAAUUCUAUUUUCAGCAUGCGUGCAUACCCGGGUUGGCAUUCGACGAGUUUCUUGACCAGCUGGUUACUUUUCUAGAUGAACACCCUACCGAGAUAGCGGUCAUCCAUAUUAGGUCGGAUAACCUACUCAAGGAGUGCCAGAAGCCCACGGAGGACGAGAUUGCAGCCGCGCUCACCAACGCUUGCGCACAGGCACGCAACGAACGACUGACCUGGGGAGAUAGCGAAUGUUUCCGACAGCCAAUUGAUAUAUUACGCCAUGAUGGGAGACGCCUGAUUUGCGUGAUCGAAGCCGAAAAAUACGACAGCUGGACAGCUGAAGCCUACGCGACACUUCAUGCAGAUUCGAUCCUUAAGCGCUUCGAAGAGAUGACCACUGAGGGACAGGAGAGCACAGAUCUGACUAUCCUGCAGUGUCAGGCUACGUCGCAAUCAAUCAAGGAAGUGUUUGUGCAUAGUGUGCUAGCGGCACACGCCGCGACCUCAUGCCUUGCGUCCACCAAGGCGGCAAUAGACAUGCACACACUUCCUUGGAUUCGUCAGAACGCACUUGAUAGAUUAAAGGCGGACAAGAACAUCGUCAUUAUGAAUGACUUCAUUGAUGGCGCGACUUGCGAUACGGCUAUAUUGCUGUCGAGGGAAAGACUGCUAGCCUAAGUUAUUGAUUCAUUGGAGGUCCCUAACCCGAUUCCUUUUGUCUUUUCUAUCAGAGCACUAUCUUAUUCUUGUAUCAGCCACGGCGAUGCAAGUAGCUCGCUGACCCACUGUGAUGUUCCAGCCACCGAGCUUUUAGGUGUAUUUUUACAAUUAGUCAAAGUAAGCAGAUGCAGAGAAGGUCAU